AUGGACUCUUCCUUCGCCAAGUCAGAGGGCGAGAAGACAUCUGUCGCCUCGAUUUCUCCCGCUGUAUCUCCCACCGCCCAUUGGUUCCGUGCUAUCCCGUUCGGCCCUCUUCCACGCGAGUUUGGAGCAUUCCUGUCCACCCCAGUCCGCCCCCCGCCUGUUGGCGCUCUCGUCACCUCGCCCACCGCUCCACGUCCCGCCGGUAACCACGGUGUCCGGCCUCCCCGGGGCGGUCCCCAUGUGAUUGCCGUUCGUUGCGUCGCAUGGCGGGUGUUGUGCGCGACGACGUUCGAUGUGUUGGGUGCCUCAGCGUGCGAUGUCGUCGCUGGUGUCGCGUUGAGUGCAGGAGCACCCCGGGUGUUUCCUGGCUGGCGGCUUCCAGCUUCGGCCACCUCGCGCAACUCCUGCUGGCUCGACGAUGACGACCGAUGCGCUCGCUCUGAUGGCGGUUGCCCUUGCAGAAGCCAGCCCAGGAGGGGUCCCGGGGAGCCAGGUCCCAGCCCUGCUCCGGGCCGUCUCGGCGCUGGCUGGGCCCGCAGCCUCGUCUUCGACCUUGCCCGUGCAGCGCCGGAAGAAGUGCCGCUUGCGGGUCCCAGAGCCUUUCCCUCCGCCUGGCCGUGCUCCUGCCUGCUUGCGGCCACGACAGCAACAGGCGUUCCGGCGCACGCCGCGGCAGUCGUCGCGCCUUCCUCCACCGGGGCGUCGCCGUGUUCCCCAAUCGCCGCAGACACCACCGCCGCCAGUGCCGCCGCCGUUACCGGCGCUGGCGACGCGGACAACGCCACCUCAGCGAACUGCUCCGGAGCCGCGCCCGGCCUCGUCUCCUCAGCCUCUGACUGUGCAGCCCAAAGGGUGGCAGCGGGUGAAGCUGAGCCGCCGUCAAAGGCAGCGGCAGAACCGCCGGCAGGCGCAGGGUCUGCCGACGUCCCCACUGCAGGCCCGUCAGCAUCAGCUACCACAGGCUUCCUCAUCGCAGCUGCCGACUCAAUCUCCGCUCCAUCGUUUUCCCCUACCCCUCCGUCCGCAUCAGCUGCGUCCCUCGGUGUCACGUGCUCCCCCGUCGCCGCUCCCGCCCGCUCAGAACCCCCAGGCAGUACCGUCUCCGCCGUCGUUCCAACGGUACUUCUUCACGUGUCCCUGGUGCAGCAGGAGGUGCAGAUCGGGGCGAUGCAGCCAGCAGAGCAGACGGCGGCGGUGGCGGCAGCGGAGGAGUUGAAGCAUUACCUCCCGCUGAUUGGCUUUGUACCGGGCUCCCCCGGAGCUGCCCUCGGGCCCGGCCCUGGUGCUUUGGUGCGGCUUGCCGAGUCUGCCCAGGAGGACCCGCUCGACCUUGUAGCCGCUGCCGCAUCCAUCCUACGCUGGUUGGACGGGCGGCUUUGCUGGGUCCUGGUUGAGUAG